AUGCCCCCUGUCCCCGAUUGGGUGAAGGCUUUGAAGCCUACCAGCCCGCAGGGCUCAGAGCUUCUACAACAAGAGCGGGACAGCUCGAAUGUCUCUGUUGACAAGCUGGCGGAGCUGAUUCAUACCAAGGAUGUGCUCGACCGGCAGCAGAAAAUUCUGGCCAUCAUGGAAAAGGAGAAAGUGUUUGACAAAUCGCAAAUUCUUUCUAUGGGCCGUGUAGAACGGCUGACAGAGUCACUUGGGAAGGCCAAGCGCAUCCAACAUUUGAGGAAACAGCACAAAUGGACAGACGACGAAUUCAUCAUGGCUAAUGACCUUCUCAGCGAACCCACCCCUUACGCACUCCAUGCGAGCAUGUUCUUAAAAUCAGUCCACGCCAGAACAAGCGAAACUUUUCCUAGAGCCCGCGGAACGCUAUGA